UGUUUCAACUCUUGAUGGUUCACAUACCAUAAUAGAAAAUACCGCUAACCUGCUACAGGAAAAAGCAAGUGCUACACAACCACAUCCUCAUACUGUUUCAUGUAUUUCCAUUCCUCUAUCUGUAAGGCCUGGUGUUUCUGUGAUAGAUUGCUUGCAGAGUGGUAAUAAACUUUGCCAUGCAUCUAAUGUUUCAAAGCAGUCAUAUGCUGAAGUUGCCAAAACUUUUGCCAUGGCUCAACAAAAUAAUCACGUCAAAACAAGAGUACCUACUAUGAAAAAGAGAAGAAACUCUACACAAUUUGGAGACAUGUUGAGAAAUAAUUCAAGACACUUUGGUUGCUCUGUAGACAGGAGAUACUGCUGUGAUUCAUCCAUAAAGGAUUAUAGAAAUGAACAUAAAUGCGCCUUUAGUUGUAGGAAGAAGUCACGAUGUUCUAAAGUUAAUAAAGUAGUGAAUUUGGAACAAAUGGGAAAGACUGGAAGAAAUAGUAGAGAUAUAAACGUAUCUGAAUCAAAUUUUGGAAGAGUAAAAAGAAAUGUUCCUAAGAUGAAACAAGAGUCACCAAAAACUGUUUCCAGUGAGUCCAUUGCAUGGAAAUGCCACAAGAAAAUGUACAUGGAUUGCUCUCAAGUGGCUAAUGAUAGUACUGAAGAUGAAAAUUUAGAGUGUGUGAAAAGUAGAGAAGGUAAAUUUGCUGAGUCUUGUAUUGCAAUAAAGUGUAGCAGUUUGACCACUGCAGAAAUAGAUGCAGGGCAUGAUGUUGAAGGUGGUAGCAUAUCAGUGAUGGUUCAUGCAGCUGGAAAUUUAAACACAUCACCUUCUAACCCUGAAAGUCACCAGAGUUCAGAAGAAAAUUCUGUGAGAAGAAGAUGCAUGUCAGAUUGUUCAACUGAUAGUGAUGACAGUUUUGUGAUUUUUGAAUCUGGUAUGGACUCUGAUAACCACUUCAGUGAUGAUGAUGAUGAUUUUGUCGACGAAUGCGAUGACAUUGAGAAUGAAACUGGAUUAGAAGAAGUCAAUGCAAGGUGGCAGAGAGAUUAUUCUGAAUACUCAAACUAUGAGAGGAAUCCUGUUAAGGUCCAGUUCGCCUGUGAUACUUCACUGGAGACAGUUCAUCCAAUGGUAAAGUGGAAUUAUGCAUACCGUGCAGCUAGGUGUGGUCCGUGGGAACAGAUGGCAAGAGAUAGAGAGAGAUUCAUGAGACGCAUCAGACAGUCGGAGCCUUUGCUCGCUGUUGUGUUUUCUGCGGAACACAGGCAGCGUGUAUGGAUCAAAUGCAUGGCAGAGACAUCUCCCAGACACAACUCUUGAAGUGGCUUAAUUGUCAUUGUCGUUGUAAAUUGAUAGAUGUUAUUGUGUUAAAUAUAAUAAGAAAUAUACUGCAUCACCAUGUUGGCAAAUGUAAUAAUUAUGUAGUAAUUAUUACAUUGGCAUGAAUAAUCCUAUUGCAUUAGUUAUUGUGUUCAUUUUUAAUUAACUUAAAUAAGAUGACUGGAUCUUGUGACUUGAAAGUGACAUUAAAAUAUGUGGUUUAAUUAUUUUGUGCCAGCAUAAUAUUUGGUGCAAGGGGGAACAGUGCAAUUUUACAGAAGCAGUGUGCAUUGGAUGUUUUUAUGUUCUUGUCAUUUGCAGCUUUUAUAUUAUAUUAAUUUUGGUAUUGUAAUUUUAAGGAAUGCCCAUCAUAAAGGUACCCUUUUACCUUUGCAGUUUUUAGGAGUUACCAAAGAAAGGAAAAGAUAAAUGACAUGGUGUCUUAAAACCCUGUGAAAUAUAUGAAGAUAGUGUUGAAGGCAUUUACGGAGUUAAAUAGUUUUAAAGAAAUGCAUAAAUUGAUUAGGGGUUUGAUUGAAAUAGUAUAAUCUCCUCUGUUUAUGCAGAAUGAUUGAAAAGUUGCAGCCAUUUCAAGUAUUUAUUUAUCCGUGGCGUAACAGCCCUCUGAGAGCCAAAGCCGACUUGAACCAGCGCGCAUUCCGUAUCACCGGUCCGAAGCAUGAUGCCUCAGACUGCGCGGCUACGACGCGGGACCCAUUUCAAGUAUACAGAAAACAUAUUUUAAAUAAUUGUAAAAUAGCUGCAGUUAUUCCUUGUAUUGCCAAGCCUUAAUGCUCUUGUUAUGAAAGAAUUCCCCUGAAUAACAAAGAGAGAUCUAUGCCUGUGAUAAACAGAAUGAAUUUAAAAAGUAAGCAUUUUGCAUGGAGGUUCCAUCUCUCUGUGUGUUUAUAUAUAUGUGAAUUACACACAGAAGAAAAUCAGAUUGUAAACAUCUGGCAGCAAGUCUAAGGUUCAAAGUAUAAAUCUCACAAUGAAAGCAGUAUCAGUCAGAGCAAGGAACCUGCCAUGUUUGCUUUUUAAUUUUUUUUAGUAUUGCAAUACCAUUCCUGGGAAUUUGUAAAACCAUGUGAAUCUUUUAUUUUUCUAACAGUGGCUUUAUGUGCAACUUUGGCUUUUGGGUGUAAGCUGCGUUGAAUAUUGAGUAUUAACCGGUUUUUGGCAAACGGUGCAAUUUUCUAUGUAAGAUUUGAGGUUUUCACAGCGGUGA